AUGAUGUUUUCCUGUUCACACACACACACUCUCUCCUCUCUCUUCAUUGUCAGCAUCAUCUGUCAGCAUCAUAGGAGGACUCUGGUGUGCGUUGUACUUUUCCUUUGUGUCUUUGCUCUUUACUUCUCUCUCUCUCUCUCUCUCUCUCUCUCUCUCUCUCUCUCUCUCUCUCUCUCUCUCUCUCUCUCUCUCUCUCUCUCUCUCUCUCUCUGUGCUGCUCUCCCAUUUCCUCGGCAAGGGUGUGAUGCCUCGGUUGCUCCACCCUCGCUGCCCAACUCUAGUAGUUUGAGCUCGGGCGUCGUGGCCAUCUCUACAACCAAUGACCGGGAUAAUGUGGACAGCUUCUGCAACAUCGAGCUCCUCUUGCCACCCCGGCCUGAGCGCCAAGUAGUUGUGUCAACCCAGUCAAACGCCAGCAUCACUCUGAUUCCGCGCACGAGCUGGACUGCGGCAACCUCACUAUCAUUUCGAGGUCAUUUAGACGCCAUGAUGUGGUCAAUCGGCUACCCGCCGCUCUUGCCCCUGGGCCGAAUCGGUGUGAAGGUCACGUGCUCGCCCGACGUGGGUUGUCGUGUGCACCAAGGGAAUGUGACCAACGAUGCUGCGUCUGAAGAGGACCAAUACCACCCUUUGAUUACCAGCGCCGUUGCCAGUCCUGCGUUCCUAGACCUUUCCACAACCCAGGUGCUCUACCUGACCGUUGCCGUCUACGAUGACCAACAUUUGCACAUGAACUGCACCGUGGCCAGCCCCCGCUGUGGGCUCGGAACAUUGCUGCCCAUCACUGCAUCGCACACGGCCACACCUCAUGGUGACGCCUUUGUCUAUCAAGUUCUUCUUGGUCGUUGGUAUGAUCCCUAUGACCUCGACGCUUGCUUCCCAGAGGAGUACACAGUCAGGUGCGCAGAUCAAGCCAAAAGCAGCGCCGAACCAUUCCGCAUCACAAAUACUGUGAUGUCAACCAAGGGCCCCUCGACUGGCAACAUUGAGUUGCUUGAAAUUCUGGUCGAUCCCAGCCCCCUUUUCUUAGGGCGCAAGCCCUUUGUCACUCGCCCCAUCACGCUAGUCCUCAACAUUGGGGACACCAAGCUGGUGGACUGCACCUUGCACUGGCAAAUCACAUCAGUCGAUGGAAUGCAGACCGUGGAUGAGGCCAUGGUCACGCUCAACAUGUCGACGGCACACCUUUGGCCCGAUGCAAAGUUUGCAAGGCGCUUGCAUGUCUGGCACGCCCUGCGUGUACCAGGUUUCCGGCGUGCCAACGGUCGGCUUCGCGUUGUAGUUCAGCAAUGUCGAGAUUUUGCUAACACCACACAUGAGCUGCACGGUGCAACGGCUGCCGCCUUUGACCUCAGCUACAGCUCUGAUGUGACGCACAGCACGCCCAUCUUGGAGUGGGCUUGCAUCCUGACAACCCGAAUCUGGACCAUUCGUGAGAUUUCGAAUCAGCUCAAGCUUUCAUUGUUGGCUCAGAUUUUUAUCGAAGGAAACAAAACUUUGUUGCCGCCUGCCUUUUAUAGCGCCAGCUACCGCAUUGUCAAUUACACAACGGUACCCGUGCGACAUGAGGAUGAGCGCGCGGAUAGCUAUGAUCUUGAGGCAGCCACUCUUGCCCUGCUUGCAGCUGAACAAUUUCCAACCUUUCUGGCCGAACACAUGGACAACAACGAAUUGCGGGCUUUUCCUCUCAAAAUUCAACCAAUCUCGGGAACCAACCAGACGCGUUGCACUCUUCGAAUGGGCGCGGACUUGCUCGGGUUGAGUGCAAAUUACUACGCGCCAGCCUGGUUCAAGUUCCAGCUGACCAGCACUUACUCUGUAACACACAAUAUUUUCGCUGAACCCCAUCCCAACGCCGAUUCUUGGUUUUAUUUCAAGCCAUUCCUUCCAUCAAUACGGCCCCUCGCUCACGUCUCCGACCUUCGUCUGUGGGACAAUGGAGUGGAGUGUGAAGACGGCCAGCUUUUACUGGAAAUAGAAAUUUGGACGCCCUUGACCGGAGCGUGGGACUUGGAUAUUGUAUUGGCUCCUCUAGCGCAGUUAGACUUGAACAUCACGCUUUCACACAACAUGUCCGGGGCCAUCCCCACACCUGAGCGUUUGAACCUCACCUUUCCCUUAGUGAAAAGCCACUCUCUCUUGAUGCUCAAGGAGAUUGUAAUCAGAGAGUAUUCAAUAGGCGUUAUGAGCAUCUUCCCCGCCUGGCGACUUGUGCAAGACGGAGCCACAGCCUUUCCCAUAAACACCACUUGUCCUGAAUCUGACGCUCAAGAGAACGACGUCAUUGCCGAUGUGGUGCUGAAUCCGGCCGCAAUUGCCGUGACUAACAAGGAAGAACCCAUUUCCAUCACCGUGACCUACUCAAACUUUGACAGCUUUUUCUCCUACUGCAAUGCCACUUUUGUCUCUUCUUUUGCAGAAUAUGAAGUUUUGCUGUUGCCAACACGGGUCGGCAGCUUGCAUGGUCAGCUGUAUCUCUACCCUGGCGCCGACCAAGGAAGCUACAACCUGUCCCAAGUGAUUUGCAUUGACUUGCGCAACCAACGCGUGACCUUGCCACUUACUGGUAAUUUUAUUCAAGUCACACAGCCAAGUUUGCAAGCCCGUGUCGAGUCGGAGCUGUUACUCGAUGCACACGGUCAAGCGACAGACAUCCGCUCCCGACUCCGCACCAACAUCGCGGCUUCCGGUCUUUGUGUGGCCCUCGCCGCGGCGAACGGCCGCACCACACUCAUUGAACCCCGCCCAAGCUUUAUAUAUUACGACAGUAUGAACAACGGUGACAUUGAAGUGGGCUUCGCUACCUCCUGGGCCUGUGGCGUCGCGCACGUCAUGGCCGUCUUGACCACGGAUGGGAUAGUCCCUUUUGAGGCUUUCAAUAUGAGCGCGCGCCGUCUGAGUUUGGCUCAUCUGGGCACGGUCUACCCUGUGACGCAGCCAUCUGUCACUUUGCUCAAUACAAGCCUCAAUCUGGCCUCGUGGUCUCAGCUCGUGUUGAAGGUUGCCCUCAAAGACGCGGGUUCCCAUUUACAAUCCUGUACUCUGGUCUACUUUGUCCUCCAAGGCGGCGCUGCUCAGACUAGCCGCGUGACAGUGCCUGUGCACGCUCAGGGUCAGCCAGUCACAAUCGUUUUUAAGAUGCGGGUUGGCUCCUACUUUGUGAUCGACCACCUUGAAUGCCAGGGUUGGCAACGCACCGUUUCUUUCACGCGCGCUGACUUGGCCAGCGUGAGCCACAAUGACUCGCUCGUAAGGAUUGAGGAUCUGGGUCGUGUGCAUGCUGCGGGCAUGGAGCUGCUAGCGCCUGCCAAGACCAUGACACUUGUGACCGAGCUAGAAGGAGAGGGUUUGCAAGCGUGUACCCAAGCACUGGACGUGAGCAGUUCCAACGGCAUGCCCGUCCUGACCAUCAACGUGCCGGCACUCCUCCUUCGACACAACGAAUCGCAGUCGGCCCUCUAUGCAACGCUGCCUCGCCCACGCCUGGCCCAGGGCGAGAUUCAUUUGUCACUCGUGCCUGUUUGGCCAAGGUUGAUGUCCCACGACGCCGUUCUUGGGGUUCAGCCCUUUCCGAUGGGGAUGGAGCAGUUGGCGUCAGCAACCUCGGGGCUCUUUCUGACGCAGUGUUACAAUGCCUAUGCUGACCCUGUCAUGCAAACGCGACAAGCUCUGGCUCAGCUUGGUUCCUUCGUCGGCACCACGCUCUUGCCCCCAGACCUUCAGCUUGAAUGGAUUCAGGAGGUCUCAAAGUCGGGCAUGCAGACAUUCACGGUUGCCUUUACCCUGAACUUGGCUGAGGGCGAGCAGCUGGAAGGCUGUUCCUUUUUGUUCGAAGAGAUGGCUUUUGAUGAGUAUCGUCCAGUGACUUUGGUGGCGUUGAGCAACGCGCGCUGGAAUUUCACGUGGAGUUUGGCUCAUGCGGGUACUGCCGUUGCCGACGCACGCAUUCCCAAUACCCUAUAUGGUCAAAUUGCUUGCAUGACGAGCUGGGGUCGAUGGGCGGCGACCAACACUCUGAGCCUUAAUGCCGCGCUUGUCCCCAUGCGUUUGGACGAGGCAGCGCUGAACCUUACCAGCACCACCAUCAAUCAUAUCCCACUGUGGCAUUUCGAACUCACCCUGGGUGAUUUUGACCAUGGGCUCAUUGGAAGAUGCACUUUCAACUUUACGGGGGGCUUGCCUGAUCUACUUGACCUACGUCCCGUGCAUAAUGGGGCGCGUGCCGUUGAGGGCUGGCACCUUGCAAUGGAGGCCCUGCCAACUGAAGGUCUACUCGAGUGCGUUAUGCGAGGACGGGAGCGCGUUGUCCGCGCGAGCGUGCCAGUAACCGCUCCCACGAUGCACACGGACGUGUCGUCUGAGAGCGUGGUUUUUGUCAAGGACACCAGCUUCUCUGACAACUCGAGUGCAUCAAUGCAGCUCGUGUUUAGUGGCUCCGUCGAUGCCGUUGUUGCAAUCGUAGAAAUUCAAGGGAACACUGAAGGUGCAAACGAGGUUGUGCCCGGCUAUUUCAACGUGGCGCUGAAACCUGUCACAGCGGCAAGGGACGUCUGGGUACUCGACGCCAGCGCCAUUGCCCCGAUGCUGGCCUCGGUGAUAUCGCCGCAACCUCUGCACAGCCACCGCGUUCGACGUCUGCUAUGGCGUCUGGAGACCCGCACGUAUGGUCAAGACCUUCCGCCGGAGAACGUCCCAAGCUUUGUACAUAAGCAGCAGCCCGAAGUUCCCCAAAACGCCCCGGGCUGGCAUCCCGAUGAUCUGACCGAGGCGGGUUUGUGGGCAGAGCUGGCGGCCCCAACGUGCCCUCCGCUGGCCUCUCCGACGCGAGCCGGUCGGGCCUUGCCAUUUUUACCCCCGCGCAUCUUGUCCGCGCACUUUAUGCCCGCCAAGUCACAAUCAGGCGGUGUUGUCCAGCUUCGAGUGCUGUUUGAGGUGGAUACCCCCUCGGAUUUUGCGCGCCGACCCGACUGCCGUGCCGCCCUGGCUCAGAAACCUGGAGCUGCGACUGAGUCAAUCACGUGGAUUGCGUUGGAUACGGAUGUGCUGCGUCAAAACGGCACCCGGCUGCAACUGCGUGGAAGGUCAAAUUUUCGGUUUUUUGCAGACUCAACAACCGCUAGACUGUUCUUCCAUGGCUUGGAAUGUCGUACUCCAGAUGGAUCCUGGUCUCCAUCUGGGGUCUUUGGCCUCACGUGGCACAACCAAUCGCUUCAAGACGACGCCGCGACACUGGUGGUCAUGAGCCGAAACUAUGCGCCCCAACUUCUGUCCGUCGAUGUGACGCCCUUGGGGUUGCACAGACAGACUGUGCGCGUCCGAGUGUUGGGCUUUGCACCACGGGCUUUGCGCGCACAAAUUCGCGUAUGCCAUCUGUCGUUUCCAGAAUGGUGUGCGUGGGUGUGGCUUGGAAGCUCUUCAGGUGCUCAUUGCGACUGGUCAGGCAUUGCCCAGGGAGAUGAUGACACGUGCGCGGGAUAUCUAGGCGUCCAUACCGUGACGAUUCCACUCGAUUCCUUAACCAAUGGCCUGGCACCCGGCCUUUGGCGGAUCAAUGAGCUUCAAUUCGGUACCGUGAAGUUUGACGAAGCCACUCUGCUUCUGUACAGCGAAAGUGGGGAGGCAGCCACAAAUGUCAAUCUGAUUCACGAGUUAUAUGGCGGCUUGGCCCGGCCCGUACAAUUGGACUUGAUCCGUCACGAUGGGAUCAGUCCUCAAGCUCUAGCAGCUUUGGGCGUACCUGUUGACCCAUCCUUCCCGGACCUGACCGCGGGCUACUUUGUCAAUGCUUCUGCUUGGUCCACCAUCACGCUCAAGCUGAACGCGACGGAGGCCGUCAACGUCUCCGAGGCGAAACGUGACGCAUUGACCUUGUCCUACUUUGGGUUUAGCGCGUGUGAUAUACUUCUUCAGCCCCUGGAUCCCUACUCUGCCUGGCGACCAGGGACCAGCGCACCUACGUUUGGUUGUGGUGCGUCGGCGCCACAACGCUUGACCCUGCGGCGUGUUCCCAAUGUAUCAGCCUCUGUUGCUGUGAACGGUGACAUGGUAACGAGUACAUUUGUGUACAAUGUCAGCUUUCAUGGCCUACCAUGGCCCCGAGCCUACUUGCUUUUAGGCGUGUCCUGUGCCCGGCGCUUUGAACAGCCGCCCUGGGUCAAACCGUCCUCACCAAUCUGGAUAGGUAUCCAGGACGUGGAUGCACCCCUGCCGCUCAUAGCUGAGCCCCCCACCAUCACCACCACUGUCGGCACGUCCACUGCCACAUCAACCAGUGCGAGCACACUUUCUGAAACAACAACGACCCCCGCGGCGCCAAACACCUCACCAACGUACUCAGUGACCACAACGCUGGCGCCGGACUCGAUAUCCUCAUCCUCAAAUGCAUCUUCACUGGUACCCAUUGCGGCUGGCGCAGCUGGAGGUGUGCUCUUGCUGGCGGUGCUGCUGGUGCUUUGGCUGCGCCAACGCCGACCCCGUCGACCAGGCCCUAAAAAGGGCCGUGACCUUUUGCAAAAUGACAUGACGCCGGCAGCCAUUGCCGAGGCUAACGACCAGCUCAGCGUGCUCAGGGUCAACCAGUGGGCGGCGCAGAGUAAUGAUGGGGUUCACCCCGGGAUGAGCCUCAACCCACAACAUACUGUUGGCCCAGAUUUGUCUGCCUAUAGCUAUGCUUCGCCGUCACAGGUGCCGCAGACUGGCCUUGACGCCUAUGGCUACGCCGUGACUGAAGCACGCUCGGCACUCCCGAGCGCAUACAGUAUUGCAGCCACCCCUGCAGCGGGGCACCACCUAUACGCAGCCCCAACAUCUGAUGCUGCUGUAACCAAAAAUGCGCCGGCGUGGGCUGAUUCCGCUUACGAAAUGCCUCGACUGGACUAUGCUACGUUACAAAGUAAUCACCAGACCUAUGGUCAAGCAAACGCCGCGCAGACUGAUGGCGGUAUAAUCGCACCCCAAGAUCAGUUUUUGAUGCCUACGCCCAAAUUGGCGCAACGCGUGCGGCAUCUGCUGCACAUGCCUCCCACGGAUCGUUUGGAAGUGACCUUUAUGAAGCUGCCCCCGACGCCUCAAUGA